AACCAGACGCAAAGCCAGCUGCCGAUCGAUAUGUCCUCCACCGCCAUGGCCAAUCAUCACAGACCACAGGCAGUAGCGCUACAUCUGCUUCUGCAAACCCUCCUCGCAACCGCCAUGGCGUGCUCGCUUCUCCCUUCGUCAUCAGCCGGCCGGUGCGUUCACCAGCAACCACACUGUUGCUGUGGCUCGGGUCCCGUGCCUUCACGACCAGGAGACGGUGCUGCUCAGGCUCAAGCGCUCGUUUACCUCCACCUCCGACGACUCCAUCGUGGCGUUCCGGUCGUGGAAGGUCUGCACGGACUGCUGCGACGCCGACGGCUGUGUGACUUCCCUCGACCUGGGGAAUUCGGGUCUGGAGAGCGCAGCAGGUCUCGACCCUGCGCUAUUCGAUCUAACAUCGUCCCUCAGGUAUCUCAAUCUUGGCUGGAACAACUUCAAUUUGUUUAAACUCCCGUCCAUCGGGUUUGAGCGAUUGGCUAAGCUCACCAGUCUCAACCUCUCCAACACCAACUUUUCUGGCCAAGUUCCUUACAACAUAGGCCGUCUCACAAAUUUGGUCUCUCUCGACCUCUCCGUUUCUUAUUAAAUUAUGGAGAUACCCGACGUUGGUUAUCAGGUUUAUGCAAAGCUGGGUGAUAUAGUUGGUCAGCUAGCAGUGCCAAACUUCACGUCCUUGCUUGCAAACCUUGGUAGUUUAAGGGAGCUCCAUCUUGGUGGUGUCGACCUGUCCCAAUCGGCAGAGUGGUGUGAUGCUCUAUCCAUGUACACUCCAAAUCUCCGUGUCCUUAGGCUGCCAUUUUGUGAUGUCCCCGGUCCAAUAUUUAGAGCACUCUCUGCUCUGCAUUCACUAUCUGUGAUUGACCUGCAAUUCAAUCGUAUGAUGAGCCCAUUCCCAAAUUUCGUUGCCAACUUUUCCUUCCUCAGUGUCCUCCAGCUUAGCCACAAUGACCUCGAAGGAUUUGUUUCUCCCAAAAUCUUUGAACAUGAUAGAUUAGUGACUAUUGAUCUUCACUCCACUUAUGAAAUCUCAGGUAGCCUGCCAAAUUUCUCAGGUCAUAGUUGUCUACAGAAUUUGCUUGUUGGUGACACCGGCUUCUCUGGUACAAUACCAAGUUCCAUUGGCAAGGUCAAAUCUUCGAAGAGUCUAGGCCUUGACGCACCCGGAUUUUUUGGAAAUAUGCCUUCGUCAAUUGGCGAGCUCAAAUCAUUGAACACAUCGAAGGUAUCUGGUUUAAAUCUAGUACGACCUAUACCAUCAUUGAUCACAAACUUAACUUCCUUGGAGGUUCUUCGAUUUUCUGAAUGUGGCUUACAUGGACCAAUACCUUCUUCCACAGAUCAUUUGAUAAAGCUGAAAUCAUUUGCAGUCAUGCAAUGCAAAGGUUCAGGGGGGAUACAUCCACAUAUAUAUAAUAUGACACAAUUAGAAGAAUUAGUCCUUCCUUUAAACAAUUUCACUGGGACGGUGGAACUUAACUCGUUAUGGAGACUACCAAACCUAUUCCACUUAGACCUGUCAAACAACAAGAUAGUUGUACUAGAGGGACAGGACAAUUCUUCAAUGGUAUUCUUCCCUAACAUAAUCUAUUUAAACCUGGCAUCAUGUAGCAUCACUAAGUUCCCUAGCAUUUUAAAGCGUCUAAAUGAUUGGAAUGGGCUUGACCUUUCAAAUAACCAAAUGCAUGGGGCCAUACCCCGGUGGGCAUGGGAAAAAUGGUCGACAGGCCCAGACUUUGGCCAUUUCUAUCUGAAUCUGUCACACAAUAAAUUUACUAGUGUUGGAUAUGACACCUUUCUUCCUUUUUAUUCAGUAAUUCUGGAUCUCAGUUUUAACAUGUUUGAGGGGUCAAUACCCAUACCCCAAUAUUCUGCAGUAGUGCUUGAUUACUCUGGCAACAUGUUCUCACCCAUGCCACAUAAUUUUUCUACUCAACUUGAAGAUGCUUACAUUUUCAAGGCCUCUAGGAAUAAUCUUUCAGGGAAUAUUCCAAUAUCUUUUUGUGUGAAUCUAGAAUUUCUCGACCUCUCUCAUAAUACCUUUAGUGGUUCAAUCCCGUCUUGCCUAAUGGAGGAUGCCAAUUCAUUGACAGUUUUAAAUCUGAAAGAAAAUCAACUUGAUGGAGAGCUUCCUCAUAAUAAUAUGAACAAAAGCUGCACUCUUCAGUUGCUAGAUAUAAGUGGCAAUAGGAUCGAAGGGCAGCUGCCUAGAUAUCUAGUCGCUUAACUUGCAAAAGCUUGGAGGUC